AUUGCCAGCGCAAACUGAGGAAAACGAAAUCAGAAAAAAUAAACCUUUUUUCCAUUCAUUUCAUUUCUAACUUCUAUGUUUAGAGCUUAGAUCUCAAACUCCAGUUCAUAGAUUUGCCUUUUUUUACCCAUUUCAAGGAACCCAUUAGCGAUCCAAUGGCGCUUUGAGUUAUUGGAGCAGUUGGUGUUGAGGUGGUGUGUGUAAGAGAGAGGAAAGGGUAUGGGUUCCAAGAUGGAAGGAGCUUCUACCCCAGCAAUUCGGCGUGAUCCAUAUGAGGUUCUUUCUGUGUCAAGAGACUCCACUGAUCAGGAAAUCAAAACGGCCUACAGAAAACUUGCUCUAAAGUAUCACCCUGACAAGAAUGCCAACAAUCCUGAAGCUUCAGAACUAUUUAAAGAGGUUGCAUAUUCUUAUAGUAUUUUGUCUGAUCCAGAGAAGAGACGGCAGUAUGACAGUGCAGGAUUUGAGGCACUUGAUGCUGAUGGCCUGGACAUGGAAAUUGAUUUAUCUAAUCUUGGAACUGUCAAUACAAUGUUUGCAGCUUUAUUCAGCAAGCUGGGUGUCCCUAUCAAGACCACCAUUUCAGCUAACGUUCUUGAAGAAGCUCUGAAUGGAACAGUGACAGUCAGACCCCUUCCAAUUGGGUCAUCUGUUAGUGGAAAGGUAGAAAAGCAAUGUGCUCAUUUUUUUGGUGUCACAAUAAAUGAGCAGCAAGCUGAGUCAGGGAUUGUAAUAAGAGUUACUUCAACUGUGCAAAGCAAAUUCAAGUUGCUGUACUUUGAACAAGAUGCAAAUGGUGGUUAUGGUUUGGCAGUGCAGGAAGAUAGUGAGAAGGCUGGCAAGGUGACAUGUGCUGGGAUGUAUUUCUUACAUUUUCAAGUUUACAGAAUGGAUUCGACUGUGAAUGCGUUAGCAAUGGCCAAGGAUCCUGAAGCUUCUUUCUUUAAAAAGUUGGAAGGUCUUCAACCUUGUGAAGUCUCGGAACUAAAGCCUGGCACUCACAUAUUUGCUGUUUAUGGAGAUAACUUCUUUAAGACCGCUUCCUAUACAAUCGAGGCAGUUUGUGCAAAAUCAUAUGAAGAUACCUCUCAAAAACUUAAGGAUAUUGAGGCUCAAAUUUUAAGAAAGAGGAUUGAGCUACGCCAAUUUGAAGCAGAAUAUAGACAGGCAUUAGCGCGUUAUCAAGAAGUUACUGACAAAUACACCCAAGAAAAGCAGUCUGUAGACGAACUUCUGAAACAAAGGGACACUAUCCAUUCUUCUUUCACCAUUGUCAAGUCAACCAAUAUUAGUGUGAGUGGUAGUAACUUAAGCAAUGGAAGUACUAGCAAAAUUGCUGGCGAAGAUUCCAAAGUAGAGAGCUCUGGAGAAGAUGGUGGGUCUGAUGCAAAGGAUAAAUCAGGCAAAAAGAAAUGGUUUAACCUCAAUCUUAAGGGUUCUGAUAAGAAGUUGGGUUAAAAUGCACUUAUUUUGCUCUUCUCUUUGCAUCAUCAGAGCUUGAGUGUCAGUCACGGCAUCACUCUUUGCAGCCCCUGUGGAUGAUUUGGCUUUCAGUGCUUGUCUGAAAUUGGUUUGUUAGUUGUUCCAUGUGUUAUGUGGUGCCUUCAAAGGUAUGUCCCAUUAUUUCAUAUAUUUUUGUCUUCUAGUUAGAUACAUGAUCCAAUUCCCAUGUAGCAUCCUGAACUUACAUAAUUUUGGGUUUUUUUUUUUUUUCUUAGUAGGCUUGUGGGGUUCAAGCCCCAGUAUAAUUUUGGAUUUUUGGUAUUGUAUUGAUACAUUUUUUAUUGUUGCAACAUCAAUUUUCUUCAGCCUUACUAUUUAUCAUCUAAGAGGCUGGCUCCAUCUGACAAAAAAUAGCUGUAUAUAAUGUUUUACACAAUAUAACUCAUCUUGCAUGAGAUUGAUAUAUUAAGAUCACUCUGGACAUUUAAUUUUAUUUGGC